GUUGAAUGAUCGACAUUUAUCUAUGUAAUCCAUCCCUCUUUUCUUCUCAGCGUAGUUCAGGGAAUAUCCACAUGUAUAACAACGAGUUUGAGGAGGUCGAAUAUGAAGACGAGGAAGAUGAGGUAUUUGCAGCUAAAUGCAAGAGCAUCCCCAAAACUCUGACACCCUAUGGAAAUCAGCGGACAAUGAACAUGAACUCGCUGGUGUUGAACAACAUUCAGAACAGUAACUAUUUCAAAUAUCAGCUCUAUGAAUUACAUACCUACCACCAAGUCAUCGAGGAGAUAACCAGAAAGGUGAAACACCUGGAACCAUGGGAGAAAGGGAGCAGGAAAACAGCCGGACAAACAGGCAUGUGUGGAGGGGUCCGGGGAGUAGGAGCUGGCGGGGUGGUCUCCAGUGCGUACUGUCUCCUCUACAAACUCUUCGUCCUCAAGAUAACUCGCAACCAAAUCAACAGCAUGAUCAACCACAAACACUCAUAUGUGCGGGGACUGGCUUUUCUGUUUCUCAGGUAUACGCAACAUCCGAGUACCUUCUGGGACUGGCUUGACCCGUAUUUAGAUGAUGAAGAGGAGAUCGACCCGAGGGCUGGAGGUGGACGUCCUAUUACAAUCGGGGAGAUGUGCGAACAGCUGCUCACCAGACUGGACUGGUACACCACUCUCUUUCCUAGGAUCCCGGUAGUUAUCAUGAAGGAGAUAGAGAAAAAGAUAGAAGACAGAAAGGCAGCUAUCGCUGAAGAAAACCAGUACAACCAGCAGGCACCAGAUACUAGAGAAGGUCGUUAUGAAGAUCACCGGGAAGGAUCCUACCGCAGAGAAGAUGAUAGCCGAGCCGGAGCCGUCCGUGGUGAAGACAAUAGUAGAGCAGGAUCUCUUCGACAAGAAGAAGGGCGCCGUGAGGGAUCUAAUCGCCCUGUAGAAGACCGCCGAGUGGAGUCUCUCCGGAGAGAUGAACCUCGUAGUAGGGAGGCAUCCAGAGAUAGGCCAGACAGGGACAGAAGAGACGAUCGAUCUGAUUCAAGAAGAGAUGGUAGUUCUGAUUUGAAAAGGGACGAUAGGUCUGAUUCAAGAAGAGACGACAGGUCUGACUCAAGAAGAGACGAUAGGUCUGAUUCAAGAAGAGAUGGUAGUUCUGAUUUGAAAAGGGAUGAUCGAUCUGAUGUAAGAAGGGACGAUAGGUCUGAUUUAAGAAGAGACGAUAGAUCUGAUGUAAGAAGGGACGAUAGGUCUGAUUCAAGAAGAGACGAUAGAUCUGAUGUAAGAAAAGAUGAUAGGUCUAACUCAAGGAGGGACGAUAGAUCUGAUGUAAGAAGGGACGAUAGAUUCGAUAAAGACAAGAGAGACGAUAGAGACCGAAGAGACGACAGGAGGGAAGGUCGGAGAGAUGACAGAGAUCCUGUAAAGGACGAUAGAGACCGUGAUAGCAAACGGGAAGAUCGGGAUUACCAAACAAGAAAAACCGAAGAAAAUAAGCCAUCUGAAGAGCCAGCAGAGGAGGUAGAAGUCGCACCAAAGCGUUUAAUCAAACGCUAUGUGGUGGAGAAGAAGCCAAAGAAGAAGAAGAAAAAGAAGGGAGAUGAUGAAGCAGAUUACAAACUUGAUACGAGUGUAGCUGAGAACCCUGAUGAUGCUAUACCGUCAAAAGACAAACAAUCUACAGACAGCUCAGAUCGUAAGAAAGAGCGUUCUAAAAGAAGUAAAUCCAAAGAGGAUCUUAAGAAAGACCGGAUAAAGUCCUCAGAGAAACGGUCUAAAGAUACCGCCAAAAGUAAAGAUGAUGUUAAAUCUAGCCAUUCAGAUUCCAAACAUAAGAAGUCAAGACACCGCAGUGAUUCCGAGGACAAUGUUAAAGAGUCCAAAAGACGGAGUCGUUCAAGAGACCGAAACAGGAAAGAUGUUUCUAGAAGCAAGGAUCGAGGAAAGAAGUCUCCGUCUAGGGAUAGAAAAGAGCCGUCCAGUUCGCGAGACAAGUCCAAAGAAAGAAAGUCGGACAGAAGAAAACGGUCAACUUCUAGGUCAGGUAGUCGCAGUAAACGCAGGCGGUCUAAAAGUCUAUCAAAAUCAGAGGACAGAGAUAAAAGUGAAUCUAAAAUAGACAGUGACCACCAUCAUUCGUCCGGUGUUAAACCCGAGUCCACCACAACAGAAAUAGGCAAGUUGGACAUAAAUCGAGAACUCGACCACACUAAAACCCCAGAAACAGAUCACUGUUCAACAACCACAGACCAAGCAACUGCUAGUACUAAACCAGAUGAAACUCCCUCAACUUCCAACCCUGACCCAUCUAUCAGACAUAACACAACUCCUGAAGCAAAUAGAGGAGACGUGACUCCUGAUGAAGAACAGGACAACCUUACCCCUAGACAGGAUACCGGUGACGAAACUCCAUCCAACGGAGAUGAUGUUAACCCUCAAGGAGGUGAAGUUAGCCCUGCACAAGGCGACAUUUCCCCUCAAGCGGGCGAGAUGAGUCCACUUAUAGGGGAUCCGACCCCUGAGCAGGACAGAGGUGACUUGACCCCUGAAGCAGAUGAUGAUCCACUUCCCGUACCACCAUUGAUCCACGAUGUGGAAAUGUUAGGACGUCCAGAGACCCCACCCUACGAUUAGAUCAUUACAUCACGUGACAUCACUUUUUAACCAGACUCACCGCGCGUCAUGAUGACACUGGAGUAUUUUUAUUGCAAGCUUAUAUAUGAUAGAGUCACGCAGUUUAUUUUAUUCAUAUGCAAUAGCUGCGUAUGGUUCAUGCAAGGUCUGUGAUGUAUAUUGCUGUUCGCGAAGAUAUUUUCUGUUGACGCGUUAUGAUUUGUUGGCUCGAAACACAUCGAAUACUAGUAUAUAAACAUUAAACAUUUUGCUAGAAUGGCUGUUUAGAUUCUUGUUUACUUUUUGUUAGACGAUUGUAAACACAUUUCCGGCUAUUCUCUGAUGUAAAAUAAUUCCAUAAAUCUGAGCUUCCAGGUGCUUUGAACGCAAUAUAUAUUAUAUAUCUGUAUUUACAAAGUAUUCUUUAAGAGGCAUCAUGUAGCCG